AUGCAUCGGAGACUUGUUUCAGAAUACAGGAAAAAACUGCACCAGUCUGGCUCUAAGAGAGACGGGCAGAAGAGACAAGAAGUGGACUUCCUUGCGGGAUGCAUCAUACAGACCAUAACAUUCUGUUUCCUUUGCAGGGCAAUUCAUUCUCCGCAGCAGAGCCCUGACCUGAUGGAAAAUCCACGAACGCUACUCAUGCUGCUGCGUCAGAGGGAUCUGGAAAUCAUGGCACUGAAAAAUGCUAACCGGAGAGAUCAAUCAGACCGGCUUGGCUGUAUUUUGCAGCAACUUGUGAAGUCAAGGCAAAAACUGCUGCCUAGGAGGAGCCCAAAGGAAGGAGGUCUUCAAGCAGAAGUCGACCAGCUGAAUGAUGAACUGAAGACUAUCAAGAAGGACCAUGAGAAGGAGAUAAAAGUGAUGGAAGAUAAACUUGUAAAGACAAAAAUGCAGGUUAUGUAUUGGCAAAAGACGGCAAGAACCCACUCAAGAAAGAGGGAUGACGAAUCAGACUCUGAGUCUAGCACUUCAUUGGAUGAAGGGGCCAAAUUAGCAUGCGAGUGCUUCGAGCUCUGGUCGGAGACAGGAACAAAGAUAACAUCAGACACAAGUGAUCUACAUCUUCGGAGAAUUCCAAAGCACACAAGCUUUGUGGAUGCCUUUCAUAAGUUUGGAAGUAUUUCGCUGACUGAAGAUGAAAAAGAUGAAAUAAUCCUGAAAUUAGAGAAGGCACACAUUUGUGCGCUGGAGGGAAGCUCACAGGAAAGUUCACCUUCUGAACCAUCCUCGUUGGCUGUCCUCACUUCUCAGAAAUCAGACAUCUUUUCAGUGCCUGACACCAAAAUGAUGGAGUCGUCUUCCUUCAAUGCGGCAGCAUCUUCAGAGAAAACGCCCAUGGGGAAAACUUCUUCCCUGGAUUAUUGGAGCCUUGCACAGUCUGGUCUCACUCUUGGACCGCUGUCAGAGGAAGAAAUGUACACCCACAUUUUGGCCUGCCCCUUCGUAGAAGAAUGCAGGAGAUGCCAUAUUGGUUCAGGACCAUUAAGGAUUGUGAGUGUACAUAAUACGGGCAAAUAUGUCCGAAUCUUCAAUACAUUAUUGAACAAGGAAAUAGAUUUAAGUGGCUACAUCAUCCAGCAAUGGGUUAGAGACUUCCCAGUGUCUAUCUAUCGUUUCCCGAAUGGCACCAUUCUGCCUGCACAGCAUCACAUCACAGUGUGGGCUGCAGGGGCCAACCUUGCUCAUGAGCAAGCUUCAAACAUGCCACUAAGCAGGCAACAUUUUUUCAGAACGGGUCCAGAUUGCACAACCUGCCUCUGUGACUAUCAUGGCCAGACUAUCUCACGAUAUAGAGGUCCUCAGCACUUCAUGGCAGCUGCAGACGCCUAUAGCGAUAAUGUGGACCUUUCAGUGGACAAAUUUCCACUCAGUGAAGAUGAUGAAACUUUGGAGUCCUUGCCCUCGAGGCCAGAGGUAGCUUCGUCCCAACGAACUCGUAGACCUUCAGGCAUCUUGGUAAACAAAAGGUUCCAUGGACACUUUUCUUUCGAUUCUGCACAAAGUAGCAAAAUGCUGCUUAGUCGUACCACAGGAGUCAGGACGAAAAUCAGUGAUGCAAGCAGUGAAACUUCCAGCUUAUAUUCAAUUUCCUCAAAAAGUGUGCCUCCACUCAUGGCAAAGAAUAGCAAUUCUUCAACCAGCGAGGCAGAUUUAGCUUUACAGACAUGGCAGCCUCAUAUUAUGGAACCAGAAGCUAGAAAAUUCAAGACUACGCUGGAUACUACACUUCCCAUGGUGUCCCUGAUAGGACAGAGGAGUGCUCGCUCAAGAUAUGGCUUCAAGCAUAUGACUUACGUGCCCACUAUCACCGAUCUGCACCUAAGGAGGUACUGUCCUGCUAGAUGAUAUGCUGAUGAAUGUCAGCGGCAAAGAACGUUUGCAUGGCUUUAAAUACACAGCACAACACUGCAGUUUGCCUGGCAUGUAUCUUUUGUGAC